CAGCCGGGCUGCCGCCUCACAUGGGGCCCCCGCGCCGGCCGCAGCGGCGGGGCCGACCCGCGCCGGGGCGCUGAGGGGCCGCGGCCACGGGGGGGAUGCGGCCAUGAGAGCCCGCGCCGCCCGCGGGCCGUGCCGGCGCCGCCGCCGCUCAGGAUCCAACAAGAGUAGAGAAGACAGCACAUUACCUAAGAUGUGAGAAGUCCUCCCCCAGUGAAAUAACCCCUUGUUUCCAAAAUGGACCGAAGUAAGCGGAAUUCAAUCGCGGGAUUUCCACCACGCCUGGAGCGCGCCGAAGACUUCGACGGUGGCACUGGAGAAGGGACUGCAUCCCAGAUGGGAAGAGUCAGUACCUCUUCAUACAGAGCCCUGAUAAGUGCCUUUUCCAGACUAACUCGUCUUGAUGACUUCACAUGUGAGAAAAUUGGCUCUGGUUUCUUCUCUGAGGUGUUCAAGGUAAGGCACAGAACUUCAGACCAGGUAAUGGCUUUGAAGAUGAACACACUGAACAGCAACAGAGCAAACAUGCUGAAAGAGGUUCAACUUAUGAAUAGACUCUCACAUCCAAACAUCUUAAGGUUUAUGGGUGUCUGUGUGCAUAAAGGACAGCUGCACGCUCUUACUGAGUACAUCAAUUGUGGUAACCUGGAACAGCUCUUAGACAGUAACCAGCAUCUGCCCUGGACAGUGAGGGUGAAACUGGCUUAUGACAUUGCUAUGGGGGUCAGUUAUCUUCACUAUAAAGGCAUUUUCCACCGAGACCUUACAUCCAAGAACUGCUUAAUAAAACACGAUGAGAAUGGAUACUCAGCAAUAGUGGGAGACUUUGGUUUAGCAGAGAAAAUUCCUGAUCACAGUGAGAAGUUACCAGUGGUGGGUUCACCCUUCUGGAUGGCACCAGAAGUUCUCAGAGAUGAACCCUACAAUGAAAAGGCAGAUGUGUUCUCCUAUGGUAUAAUUCUGUGUGAGAUUAUAGCAAGAAUACAGGCAGAUCCAGACUAUCUCCCUCGCACAGAGAAUUUUGGAUUAGAUUAUGAUUCCUUCCAGCACAUGGUGGGAGACUGUCCUCCUGACUUCCUCCAGCUGGCCUUCAACUGCUGUAACAUGGAUCCAAAGCUACGUCCUUCAUUUGCUGAUAUUGUCAAAACACUGGAGGAAAUGUUAAACCGCCUGAGAAAUGAGGACUCGGAGAGAGAGAGAAAGUUCUUGAACCUUGACAACAGUGAAAGAAAACCAAAAGGAUCAAUUGAAAAAGGACCAGGAGUAAAACGUUUGAGUUCCUUGGAUGAUAAGAUCCCACCCAAGUCGCCCCGUCCCCGUCGGAAUAUCUGGCUGUCACGCAGCCAGUCGGAUAUCUUCUCCCGCAAGCCUUCCAGGAAGAUAAAUGUGCAGGACCCCUACUAUACACCAAACAAAGGGUUAGGCCGGAAAGUGAAUCCCUUCAGUGCCCGGGAGGACCUCAAGGGAGGGAAGAUCAAAUUCUUUGACAUGCCAAGCAAGUCUGUGAUUUCCCUCGUGUUUGACUUGUACUCUCCGGAGGCAGGCGGGGGCCUGAAAGCCAGCCAGUCCCACUUCCGGCAGGCAUACAGCACAGACUGGCAGGAAUUUUCCCUGCUUCCUGGGAGGAGAUGCAGAUCGCUUCCGCUCUCUCCUGAAUUACCACACAAGGAAUAUGGCCUGUUUGGAGGACUGUCUUCAACCGUUGGCAGGUGUGACCCAGCCCAGCUCGGUGCAGAGGUUCGGCAAAAACUCCUGAGUAGCAGUAAAUAUGGCGUGUCAGAGAUUCCCCCCUUUCACGCCAAGCAUCACAGACCAGAAUUUCUUCUUGCACCAGGACAAGAAGAGGAUAUGGACUGUUCAGAUGGGCCAGUGGCCCAGGAGGAAAAUGGGUUUUGCCUUGUUGAGAACACGUGUGGAGCUCCAGCAUGUAACCAACCAUUAGUGCUGGCCCAGCCUGAGCCUCUGUCUUACAAAAAGCUCCCAGUUGAGAAUUCAGUGAACUCUGAGGGACGUGGCUCCUCACAAGUGUUUGCAGGCUGUCUCCCAUCUGAAGAGAUGGAGGUGGAAGAUGAUCUACUGAAAAGUACUCUAUUAGAGUCCACAAAGCCUCUGUUCAGUGUUAGUCCUUCCAACGAGCUGAAAAGAGAGGCAUGGCCCUUCAGGGAACAGGAUGGGGACAGUCCUGCCCUGUUGCCUCAGACCUCCUCCAACAUCUCAGCAAGUGGCAGCACAGAGUCACCUUGUGACAUAUGAAGAGAGGGCUCAAACUGAACAUGUCCUUGAGGGAACAGUUGUUCCCAGUUGCUUAAACUCUGUUUUUCUCAAGUGCUGGGCUUCACGUUUGAAAGAGACUCAGCAGAUGAUGGGAGCUGCCUGUCAAACAGAUUGCUGCAGACAGUGUCUGGAGAGACUCAUUAUUUUAUAAAACUUUAUUUCAAA